AACAAGUGGAAUGCGCUGAACAUCGCUAUGCGAGAGGAGAAGAUAGGCAUAAUCGCCUUACAAGAAACACACCUCGACGACGGAUGGGUAGAACAACUACACCGUCUGUAUGGUCGAAGAAUGAAAAUCAUAAACUCCGCAGCCACACGCGCAACGGCGGCUCAAGGAGUAGCUUUCGUGCUGAACAGAGAACUAACCGACAUUGGAAACGUAUCUACUUACGUCCUAAUACCCGGAAGAGCGAUGAUCAUACGAACUAAAUGGCACCUCGACAAAUACAUGACAAUCCUGAACGUGUACGCACCGAAUGAUCAAAACGAAAACGCAGCUUUCUGGAGAGACAUAGCCACCCACUUUGAAACCUCGAACACACCACGCCCCGACAUAAUCCUGGGAGACUUCAACGUGGUCGAGGAAGCUAUAGACAGGAUCCCGAUGAGAGAAGAUCAGGGACCGGCUGUCCUCGCACUCAGAGACCUGACAAGAUACUUAAACGUAGAAGAUGGAUGGCGCAUCACAAUGCCCACCGAGAAACAAUUCUCGUUCCCACAACGGGGCGCUGCCUCACAAUCACGACUCGACAGAAUAUACGCAACUCCCGCACUCGUCCAAUCAUCAGUAAACUGGUCAAUAAAGACAACCGGAAUACCGACCGACCACAAGCUAGUGUCUGCCCAACUGAGCUCAGACAACGCGCCCUUCAUAGGAAGAGGUAGAUGGACGAUGCCGCUCAACAUCAUCCAGGAUCAAGAGUUCAUUAAAGACAUAGUAAAAAUGGGGAUCAGGAUGAACCACGGUGACCCUCCCCUCCCAGAUGACCACCGCCCCCUACCGGCAAACGCUCAAUCCCUCCUGAAACGUUUCAAAGAGGACGUGGUAAGUGCAGCUCGCGCCCGCCUCAAGAAAAAGGUACCGAAGAUGACCGCAGCAAUACGCUCGACUGAGGAGAAGAUCCGCGAUCUCCUUCAAUCCGCCGACCCCGAUGCCGACGCUGGACUCCAAACAGAGUUAAGCUCCCUCCAGGACAAACUAUCCAACCUCCAGAGGAAAAGAUACGCAUGCACGAAAGAGGCAUCUUCGGCCAGAUACGCUCUCAAUGCGGAGCGCCCAAGUAAGUACUGGUCCAACAUCAACAAGGAACGUAAACCCAGAGAUGUGAUGUACUCUCUGAAAGUCCCUGAAUCGAACCCCCCGCGCUACGAGAAACGAUCUGACCGCAUGGCGACCAUCGCGAGGAACUAUCACGAAGCCCUACAAUCGCAAAGCUCCUCAGAGGACCCGACCGAUACUGAAGCAGCAAGGAAUGAAGCCCUAAGAGCUCUGACAACGAAGCUCACCAAUGACCAGAAGCAGGCAGGCCAUAUAGGCAUAUCUUUGUAUGAAAUCCCUGUGGUUAGCACAAAGGUAUCAUACAUAAACAGCUGUACUUACCAAGGCCUGUUCUCAUACAUGAGCUGCCGCUCGCUCAUGUAUGAGCGAGGCGCCGUCGGUCGUUACCUGUUAUAG